AUGGCCCCGAUCCCCGGCUUCGACGCCUGCUGGGGCCGCAGCGUCUUCCACUGCCUGUACUGCCACGGCUACGAGUCGCGCGGCGCCGCCACCGCCGGCGUCCUGACGGGCGGCUUGGUGGCGCAGGCGGCCCUGGGCGUGCACAUGGCUUGGAUGGCCAAGCAGCUCGCGGACCGCGUCACCAUUUACGCCCACGGUGACGAGGCCAUGGUCCGUGACCUCGAGGCCGCCAUCGACAAGACGCCCUUUGUCGUCGACGCGAGGCGCAUUGCGCGGAUGGAGCAUGGGCCCGGCGAGACGGAGGUGACGCUCUAUUUUGAAGACGGCACAUCCGUGACGGAAGGCUUCCUGGCUCAUGGACCUCGUACCAAGGUCAAUGGUCCCUUUGUCGAGCAGCUCAGCCUCGACCUCACCGACAGUGGCGACAUUAAGACGGUCAAUGCUCUUGGCGAGACAACGUGUCCAGGCGUGUAUGCUGCUGGCGACAACAUGCAAAUGAUGAAGGCGGUGCCCCUAGCGGCGGCGGCGGGCGUCAUGGCCGUUGCUGGUUUGAGCGGACCCUUGAGCAGCGAGCCGCAGGUGGAGGUAGAGGUGGAACAAUAA